GCAGGAGGAGGCGGCGCAUGACGUCACGGCGGCGUCGGCCGACGUCACCGUGGACUCCGUGCGCGACCACACCGCGCCGCCGCCCGAGCCCGAGCUCAACAUCAACCUGCAGAACUCGCAAGUAAACACGAGCUCGAUGGUGGUGAAGACGACCACGCGUACCACCAUCAACGAGAACAGCACCGACGGUGGCACCACCACCACCACCACCACCAAUGCGGUCGCCGAGAACAUCCUAGAGCACAGUCGCGAGGAGGGAGUCAUCACCCGCAUCGAGACGGGCACCGUGACGGUGCCGGCCGGGACCGACCCCAAGCUGAUCCUGGAGAUGUUUGACCGCCAGCGCUCGCCGCUCAGCGUGCCCGUGCCGCCAGCCGCCCCGCCCACCGCCGACUCGCACUAAAGCCUGGCUCGCACUAGUCGACUCAUUUAGUACUAAAGCCUGGUCCGUGAGCACGUAGAAUCCCGUCCAAUGACCCCAAGGUACCCAUCCUUGUCGCUCGCGCGUAAUUAUAUUGCUGUCGCGACUGUGCGACGCGCGCCCGCAGUGUGUGCGAGCGUGACAGCAACAUAAUUACGUGCGAGCGACAAGGAUGGGUAGCUUGGGGUCAUUGGACGGGAUACUACGUGCUCACGGACCAGGCAUUAGACCGUCUAAACUAAUCGUCACGGAUCAAAAAACCGUUCGCACUUUAGUCGAGUACAGUUUACAAGUCAUUAAUGGUUUUUAUAACUCGACAAAACCGCCUGGUUCGGACUCGUUCAGUCGGUGAGCGAGUGAGUAGGGUAGUCGCGCGUAGUGCGGACUCGCCUGUCAAAAUACAAAAUUAAUCCGCUCGACUAAACAAUUUAGUAAUCUACUCGACUAAAUUUUCGGUUUUCGAACACGUUUAGUUAAUAUUUUACUCGUAACUCGACUAAAUUACGCGACUAGUGCGAACAAGGCUUAAGGACCGCGCGCAGAGCCAUGGCUUAAAAGCCCCUCCUGGCAUAGAUGUAGCUCCCAUAACACUUGGGGCGUUCAGGGGCUGUGCAAACGUAAACAUUCGUAAACACACACUAGACAGAGUACGUUUGUGCAGCCUCUUAAACUCUAGAAAUUAUCCAUAAUUUUACUGUUAUCUGUGACUUUGAGUCGAAAAUAAUAAAUAGCUGACUACAGGUUCUAGCAAUAGUGUUUUAUGCCAGGUUCAGACUCCAGCUACUGCCUCUGUGUUAAUUCGCCUCAAACGUCUCUGAACACACCAUAUCCGCCGGUCCAACGCUGGCUUUACAUUGACUAGUUGGCGCUAAAGACCGUGGCCAAAGCGACUAUUUUGUAUUAUAAUCAUUGAAGUAAUAAAUUGGACACGGUUUAUAGAAUGUUCAUGUCAUUAUAAAUUCAGCUUCUUUUCUUUGAAUUAAAAAAGGAUAAUGCUGUCAAAUCAAGCAAUUUGUCAAUUUAUUUCAUUUAAGCAAAAGUUAAAAAGUAAUUUCGGUCGUUUUGUCAAUCUGCCAAAGUAAAACCAGUCACGACUACACGUCAUAACCGGUAAUCGAUCUCGCACCACCGAUACCAUACAUCGAUGUACCGGAACGCAUAAAAAAUACAACUGCAAUCACACGUAUCGAUAAGAUGUUAAAGGUAUUAAUAGUAUUUUAAUUUGUCUUUUCAUUGACAGCUAAGGGUACUGCCAUUUAAAAA